AUGGCGCAAAUCAGGCUAGAAGUCGCCCUUGAGACAUCCAACAAGUGGAACAUCACUAGCGUGCCACUGCUGCGCUGGCAGAGCAAGCUCAAGCGUGCAACACAGGAGUGCGACCACACUUUGCGCCGGUGCAGGCAGCGAUUACAAGAAGAGGAAGAAGUGAAACAAGGGCUAUGGAGCUCCUCCUUUCCUAAGAGGGUCACUCAGACUGCCAUGUCAUUUGUUUCAUCAAUGUUUAGCGGUGGUAACAACGAUGAGCUGGGAGAGAUAAUGAUGCCAAAAGCAGUAGAUUGCCAUCGCAGGAAUGUGGCAGCUACCUUAUAUCAGAUGCUGUGGAAGUCCAAGCAUGGCAGUGCCUUCAUUCGGGUCGAGAAGACCUCAUGGAGAGAAUCCACUAGGAAAGACAAAGUUGGAAAAUGUUGUAAGCAACGGAGCGAGAAGAAGGUUCCGGUUCAGGGAUGGACAAGUGGUAACAAUGAGUUCAUUGGCUCAUGGAUUGAGCAUGUGCCUGCUCUGUUGCAGGGCUCAGUCGUCGACUAUUGGUUUCAGAAAGAGAAGCGAUCAACACUACCGUUAUUAUUCAAAACUAAUGGCUGCACCCAUGAUUGUCCAAUCAUGUUGUCGUCUUUGCAAGAUCACAGAUAUUUGGCUAGGAAGCUCAAGUUGUCCUGCACGUUCAAACCCUAA